AUGCGCUACUUCUCCGCCCUGCAGCCUCCAGUGCUUAUAAUGGGGGACUUUAACGCCCAUCAUACAUGUUGGGAGCCUGACCUGUCACCUCACCACCACAACACCUCUGGCAACGCUCUCUUCCAAGCCUUGUUAGAUCUAACACAUGUCUCCCUCCUCAGCCCUCCUGGACUAGCGACCAGGUUUCAUCCCCAUACUGGUGCCGCCUCGGUGCUCGACCUGUUCCUUGGAGACCCUACCUUCAAGGACUCCACCUUCCGCACUGGACCUUACAUGGGCAGCGACCACCUCCCUCUCCUCGCCUCCCUCCCACAAGUCUCCCCACAGCCCCAACCUGGCUGCAUGCCCCGCUGGAGGCUCAAUUCUUCUGGCUGGCGCUUCCCUCCUCACUGGACACCCAACAUCUUCCCCUGGAUGAAGCCGCAACAACCAUUGCUAGGGUGCUGUCCGAGGCUGGCACAGCUGCCUUCCCACUCAUCACCUGUCGUCGUCCACACCGCCCUGGGAAGCCCUGGUGGGAUGCAGCCUGUGCGCAGGCAGUACAGGACCGUCGCCAGGCUUGGAAUCAGUGGCGUAGGACCCCCACUAUCCCAAGAGUACCAUGUCCUUUCUCCGCUCCAUGGAGGGCAAGUUGGUAUCUCAGAACAUCCCAUUUUCUGAUGAUGAUUCUACCCCACUGGCUGAC